AUGCAGAAAAGGCCUACAAUGGCAACACGCGCUGUCAGUACUGAGAGAGAUGUGGGAGGCGAAGCUGGAGCCCGACGUCAUCGGCUACAGUGCUGGGAUCAGUGCGUGUGGGAAGGGCGAGCAGUGGCAGCGGGCCCUGGCGCUGCUGAGCGAGAUGUGGGAGGCGAGGCUGGAGCCCGACGUCAUCAGCUACAGUGCUGGGAUCAGUGCUUGCGAGAAGGGCGAGCAGUGGCAGCGGGCGCUGGCGCUGCUGAGCGAGAUCGGGCCCUGGCGCUGCUGAGCGAGAUGUGGGAGGCGAGCCUUCAGCCUAACGUCAUCAGCUACAACAUGCGGGAGGCGAGGCUGGAGCCCAACGUCAUGAGCCACAUCGCUGGGAUUAGUGCUUGCGAGAAGGGCGAGCAGUGGCAGCGGGCCCUGGCGCUGCUGAGCGAGAUGUGGGAGGCGAGGCUGGAGCCCAACGUCAUCACUUCAGCGCUGGGAUCAGCGCGUGCGAGAAGGGCGAGCAGUGGCAGCCGGCGCUGGCGCUGCUGA